AUGCUGCCCUCGAAUUCUGAAGAAGGAGAUUUGAUGGCUCGAGAGUUACGCAGCUUGAAGCUAGUCGCGAAAAAAAUCGUGACUAUGAUUUUCAUUGGCUGUUUGAUACUCUCAAAGCUGUUCACAAUCGCCUAUGUCCAGUCGAACUACGGCCAGGGCUCUCAGGAAGCAUGUAUCGCCAUCUAUCUCGGUGUCACUGGUAUCUUGCUCCUUAUCCCUUUGUAUGCCUUUGCUGGUUUUGUCAGUGGAUAUGGAUGUUUUCUUUUCUUUGCAUGCGGAAACAUGGUCAUCGAUGCCGCUGAGUUGUUCUUGUUCAUUGGAAUCGCCGGAAUGGGGUUAUGGAUCGUGUUCGAGUUGGUUUACUUUUCAAUUCUUCUUCUCAUCCUAACCUGCAUUCAAAGCUUUUUUGAGAUUGAGAAAAAACAGCCACCAAAAGAAGAGACUCCAUUGACAGUAACCAACAACAGCCACAACAGUUCGAUUGGUUCUACGGAGAAUGAGAACAAUAUGGAGGGAUUUUCGGAACGAAGUUCAUCGUCCAUUGGCAGCAGAAGAUCUAUUUGA